AUGGACGAACUCAGUCGCCCAUCGGCAACCGUUACAACAAGUCCCAAAAUUCUUUUGAGGAAAAAGCCAGAUGCUGAUUUGGAGAAAGAAAUGAAGAAACUCAACGAAAUGUUGAAGAAAGACUUUGAUUCUACUGUGAAGAAAAGCGAAGAGGAAAUUGACAAGACUUUCAUGAAUUUCAAGGCAAAGAAAGAGAGCCCAUAUUGUCUUAUCGGUUACAAUACCGCUAUUGUUCUACUCUUAUUGCUCACUAUUAACCGUUUGUUCAAUUUCCAGUCAGCAGCCUAUAAACGCAGCAUGAUAUUCAGCUGGAAGAUAGCUGCGGCAACUCUUGGUGUUGGUGCUACUUGCUUGUUAGCACUGUUUUAUAUCCGGAAAAUAAGAUUAGAAGAACGAGAGAAGCAUAUGAAAUAUAUUGCUGGUAAAGCUCGUAUCGGUGGCGAUUGGGAGCUAGUUAACACUGAAGGUAAACCUGAGGGCUCGGAGCAGUUGAAAGGGAACUGGCUUUUGCUUUACUUUGGAUUCACUCACUGUCCUGAUAUUUGUCCAGACGAAAUAGAGAAAAUGAUUGAGGUUGUCAACAUCCUUGAUUCGAAGCCCGAAAAAGAUCGAAUACCUAUUAAACCUAUAUUCAUUUCUGUUGAUCCGGAACGUGACACUCCGGCUAGAGUCAAGGAGUACUGUGCAGAAUUUUCUCCAAAGCUGCAAGGAUACACAGGCACUGUUGAACAGGUGAACAAAGUUGCGAAAACAUUCCGAGUUUACCAUAGCCAAGGUCCUCGUACUGGAAAGGAUAAGGAUGAUUACAUUGUUGAUCACACUGUGAUCACUUAUCUUAUCGAUCCAGACGGCCACUUCCAUGACUAUUACGGUCAAAAUAAAACUGCUGAAGAAAUCGCUAAUAUUAUUCAGGUGAAAGUGCUCAAAUAUCGCGCUCAGCAUCGUAAGAAUAUUCUCGGUUUCUAA